UUGGCCAGAAUCACGGCCCCGCCCACCAGUCUGGCUGUGUCAGGUGGAAUAUUUGGCAACCCUUUAGACCGGCUGCAGCAGAAGUGAGUGCGCGGAGAGGCGAGAACGCAGAGCCCACUCAGGGAAGGCUUUAGAAAACACAUCUGAGUACGCCCUGCGACGGUUUAGAAAACAGAUUUAUGACAAUGUCGAAGUAUCCUAUUGUCUACUUUGGUGUAUUUUACGCCUUACUGUUUCCAAGUGUCUUUGGUUUUGUUCCUUCUCCAACAAAUGUCAGUAUUGUUUGUCACAACUUUGUGAACAUCCUCUACUGGAACUACAGUAGCCCAACUGAACAGACGAAAUUCAGUGUAUUGGUCAAUCCUUAUGAAAGUGCUUCCCAAACAGUGGACACCUCUCAGACGUACCUUGAUAUCAGCAGCUACAGCAGAAAUGCGGAUGACGAUUACUUAGUGUUCGUGACGGCACAUGAUGGGCAAGAGAAAUCAGAAAACGUCUCCAUUAGAUUCACCUACAGCAAAGGCUAUUUUGAUAGGAACAAACAUAAAUAUAAAUGCUCUUUGGACUUUCCAGCUGUGAAUACAUCUGUCCACAAAGAUGUGAUUGAAGUGUUCUUUCAGCACCCUUUCAUGCUUCAUAAGCAAGACCUACUGAAUGAAGAAUUUACGUACACAGUCACACAUGAUGAGCAAAUUAUUUCAUACUCAUGUUUUGAGGAUGAGGAGCUGUGCACUGCAGAAAUCCACUUUAACCAAAGCAUUGCUGGACAGUGUGUGGAGCUGAAGCUUGAAGGGAUGAUUGCUGGUAUUCCUUCAUAUACCUACAGAAACGUGUGUGUCCCUCAGCAGACGCCUGAGACCGACAAAACGGGAAUAAUCGCAGCUUUGCUAGGCGGAGGGGCCAUUGUGCUCUUCAUUAUCAUUGGCUUUGUGUGGCUGCUUUGGAGGAAAUGGUCCAAAAUCCCCCAAAUGUCUCAAGGAUUGUGGUGCAGUAUCUCCAGGGAAUCUCAUACAAUGCUUGUUUCCCAAUCUGAGCCGACAGACAUUUGUCCAGUGACAUCACAGGCACUCCCCAGUUCCCAGACUGAGGAAGAGUCCAAAACAGUCUCAACACUUGAUGACACCGUAGUGGAUCUCCGUGAGGUUUCUGAAGAGGACAAGGAUGGUGGAGACUCUGAAGGCUUUGUCAGGUCGUCUGAUUAUGACAGUCCUAAAUUCCUGCAGGAGAUGGGUCCGGGGGACUUUACUGAGGGAAACGGCCCUUGACCUCCAGUGCUUUAGAUCUGAACGUGUGUAAGAGUGACACUGGAAGGUUUUUCCAUUUCUUAUGGAAAGAUAGCUUGUUCACACCAAGUCCUGGUAAUCAUAUUUUGGUCCAUUAACAAUUUCACACACUGAUCAGUAGGCUUGUGUUGUGUGCACAGAGAAAAACUACAUUAAAAUCAAAGCUGUGUACAUUGCAGGCAGUGACGUCUGGUUCUCACAGUGCCGUGGUGAGUUUCCCACUAACCUGCAUUAAACUAAAUGAAUGUGUGAAUAAAAUCAUUUUGCUAGCGAAACAAAUAAGUAAAAACAACAGAAGAGCAGGUCAAAAUAUUAAGGGUAUCUACACAGUACACUGUAAGAAAAAAUAUAUACACAAAUCUUUAAAGGCUUUUCUUAGAGUGUAGUGAUUGUGCAACUUUACUAAGUUAUGUGAAUCAAUUGAUGUGAAAAUGAUCAUUUUCACUGAAACCCAUUCUGAUGUAGGCAUUUGUUAACCAAUGAGAAUUUCAGCUACUGUAGCUUUCACAUUGGAGAACUUUGCCAAGCUGAAUAUAUCACUUGAUUAAGUCAC